AUGUCGAGCAUCAUACCCGUCGACUUGCUGUCCUACGCGACGAACCCAGCAUAUAUCGAUACCCUCGCUACGACAAACAUCUCUAACCCUUCAACGAUCGAGCUGCUUGCAUACGAUCAGAACUUUGCUACUGUUAUUGGUGAGCGAGCAACAGCGCGACAGCUGUACAGUCUUGACUACCAAGCCUUCCACGAGGCUGGCAUUUACAACAAGGAGACCAACAAGCUCUAUGUGACGAGCAAUUGGGCAGGUGACCUAAAAAAUCCGAUCAACGUCACAGUUAUUGAUCUCGCAAACAACUACUCGCUUACCUCUACACGCUACGCCGAGCUCGCUGAACCCAACGGCGGGACAACCUACUUCCCACCGGGCACCGAAGGAAACGGGUCAUUUCCAUCGCGAGUGCUGUACUGCGAUCAGGGCGAUUUCUACAACUAUUCAGCCCUUGUCUCUGUCGACCCCGUCACAGGCGCAUCAGAAAAGAUCCUCACAUCCUUCCUUGGACGCAACUUCUCCAGCAUCAAUGACGUGCGCCAGCAUCCCGAGACAGGAGAUCUGUGGUUCACAGACGCGGACUACGGGUAUUUCCAGAACUUCAGGCCCGCGGCCACAAUCCUCAAGCAAGUUUAUCGCUUUUCCCCUAAGACUGGCGAGAUCGCGGUCGUAGCGGAUGGCUUCGUGCAACCUAAUGGACUGGAAUUCUCGCCAGAUCUGAAGACCCUGUACAUCAGCGAUACGGGUGCUCAAGAAUUUGCAAAGGACUUGACGCGGCCUGCAUCUCUGUAUGCUUUCGAUAUCAUCAACAAGAAGAACCUAGCCGGUCGCAGGAUGUUUGCGUAUGCAGACAACGGGUUCCCUGAUGGUGUGCACUGCGAUACAGAAGGCAACGUGUGGGCAGGCUGCGGUGAUGGCAUUCAUAUUUGGAGCCCUGAGGGAACACUGUUAGGCAAGAUCUGGACUGGAUUGGAGACAAACAAUUUCGCUUUUCUACCGGGUGCUGUCAUGGUCUUUACAAACGCACAGCUCUGGAUUGUGGAGAAUAUUACUGCAAAGGGAAGGGAAGUUUGUCGAGACUUCAGAGUGUGCUGA